GUGUGAGGAGGGAAGAGGUUGCAGACGGAGCCUUAGCAGCUGCCUCAGUCCUCAGAGGGUCCUGUGCCCUACUGCCACCGCUGCCCACCACCAGCCAGCAUGUCCUCUGCUCACUUCAACCGGGGCCCUGCCUACGGCUUGUCCCCUGAGGUCAAGAACAAGCUAGCCCAGAAGUAUGACCACCAGCGGGAGCAGGAGCUUCGAGAGUGGAUCGAAGGGGUGACAGGGCGCCGCAUUGGGAACAACUUCAUGGAUGGCCUCAAAGAUGGCAUCAUUCUUUGCGAGUUCAUCAACAAGCUCCAGCCAGGCUCCGUGAAGAAGGUCAAUGAGUCAACCCAGAAUUGGCACCAGCUGGAAAACAUCGGCAACUUCAUCAAGGCCAUCACCAAGUAUGGGGUGAAGCCCCACGACAUUUUUGAGGCCAACGACCUGUUUGAGAACACCAACCACACCCAGGUGCAGUCCACCCUCCUGGCCCUGGCCAGCAUGGCCAAGACGAAAGGGAAUAAGGUGAAUGUUGGUGUGAAGUAUGCAGAGAAGCAGGAACGGAAAUUUGAGCCAGAGAAGCUAAGAGAAGGGCGGAACAUCAUCGGGCUGCAGAUGGGCACCAACAAGUUUGCCAGCCAGCAGGGCAUGACGGCCUAUGGCACCCGGCGUCACCUCUACGACCCCAAGCUGGGCACAGACCAGCCGUUGGACCAGGCCACCAUCAGCCUGCAAAUGGGCACCAACAAGGGAGCCAGCCAGGCCGGCAUGACUGCACCCGGGACCAAGCGACAGAUCUUCGAGCCAGGGCUGGGCAUGGAGCACUGUGACACGCUCAACGUCAGCCUGCAGAUGGGCAGCAACAAGGGGGCCUCGCAGCGGGGCAUGACGGUGUACGGGCUGCCGCGCCAGGUCUACGACCCCAAGUACUGCCUGACGCCUGACUACCCGGAGCUGGGCGAGCCCGCCCACAACCACCACGCACACAACUACUACAACUCUGCCUAGGGCCCUGGGCCCCCCACCCCGCCUUCCCCCCCAGGGAGGCUGGCUGCUGCUCUUGGCAGGGCUGAGCUGGCCCCGCCGACCCCCUCCCCCUGCAUGGCGUCCUCCAGCCCCCUGGCACCUGCCUACAGGGUUA